GACCAAAGUACAAGGCUAUUGGAAAACAAAAACUAGCGAGAGACAAAAAAUGGAGGUAUCAGCACCACCCGGUGUUCUACGCUCACCACCAUCUUCACUCUCAUCUCCGCCGCCAAAACCCAGACUCCUCACCUUCUCCAAUCCCCGGUUGUCAUAUCUCCCACGAAAGCAGCAGCCCCACUUGAACCUCAAACACAUGGACUCCUCCUCUCACUCUCACAGAACCAUUACUCCCUGCGCCGCUCACAAUGGGUCCACUCUCACCGAUUCCCCAACUGCCUCUGGGGCGAGAAUUGGAGAAGUUAAGAGGGAGACCAAGGAGACUAAUGUCUCGGUCAAGAUAAACCUUGACGGCACUGGAAUUGCUGAUUCUAAUACUGGGAUUCCCUUCCUUGAUCAUAUGUUGGAUCAACUUGCUUCACACGGGUUGUUGGACGUGCAUGUGAGGGCUACUGGUGACAUCCACAUUGAUGAUCAUCACACCAAUGAAGAUGUCGCUCUUGCUAUUGGAACGGCUUUGCUUCAAGCGCUUGGUGAUAGGAAAGGGAUCAACAGGUUUGGUGACUUCUCCGCUCCUCUUGAUGAAGCGUGGAUUCAUGUCUCACUGGAUUUAUCUGGCCGACCACAUUUGGGUUAUGAUUUACAGAUACCCACCGAGAGAGUUGGUACCUAUGACACUCAGCUGGUGGAACAUUUUUUCCAGUCUUUGGUGAAUACAUCUGGUAUGACGCUUCACAUCCGACAGCUUUCUGGAAGGAAUUCCCAUCACAUUAUUGAGGCAACCUUCAAAGCAUUUGCGAGGGCUCUCCGGCAAGCACUAGAAUAUGACCCACGUCGCCUUGGGAGCAUUCCAAGCUCUAAAGGUGUACUGUCACGUUCUUGAUGCUCCCUAUUCCCUCAAUUUCUUGAAGCACAUGAUAACGAGAUUCAGAUGGUUUAUUUUCUAAUGAUCUUUGGCCUAAGCUCCAUCUUAUUAAUUCAACACGGUUCUGACUGAUCUGCUGGACUCUCACAGAUUCCAGAGAUGUCAAGUUGAAAACAUAGAUGUGAGACGCUGAGAGCUGCUGCAAUGGCUAAUAGGGCCAAGUCUUAAUACAGUUGUAUGUGUGACAAUGUAAUUCAUCAAUAAGUUAUUCGUGGUUUGAUGUCGCAAAAGAUUUCUGCUCCCUCUGAUAUGAGAAAGUUUCUUCUAGA